AUGCCUACCUUCUGGAGCAACGUCAAGUUCCUCUCCAUCGCAGGCGUAGGCCUCUUCGCAGAUGGCUACCUCAACAUCUCCAUCGGACUCGUCGUCCCCAUGAUCGGAUACGUAUACUAUCAAGACGACAAAGGAACAGUCCCCACCGUCUCCAGCGAUGUCAUCAAAGGCGGCCUGUCCAUUGGCAUGAUCAUCGGACAACUCAUGUUCGGACUGUUCGGAGACGCUCUUGGACGACACAAGAUCUAUGGCAAGGAACUCAUCCUGACGAUCUUCGGAACGCUCAUGCUCAUCGUCAUGCCCCCGAAACUCGACCACUCCGGCGUCGUGGCGUGGAUGACAGUCUUCCGAAUCAUCACCGGCAUGGGUACUGGAGGGGAUUAUCCCAUGACCUCGUCCAUCUCCGCCGAAACCGAUCGAUUCGGUUCGCGAGCCAAGCUCGUCUUGACCGUCUUCUCCUUCAUCGGGUUGGGAAGCUUCUCGUCCGGCAUCGUCUACAUCAUCCUCCUCGCGGCGUUCAAGGGAUCGAUUUACGAUGCCCAAUGGCAUAUCCAAUGGGUCUGGCGCCUCCUCUUCGGGAUUGGCUUGGUGCCUUGCAUCGCGACGUUGUAUGCACGUUUGACGAUGAAAGAGAGCAAGCCUUACGAGAAGUAUGUGUCGAAAGAUACGGGGUUGGUUGGGAAGGAUAAGCGCGGGUUGAAGGAGCAGUUUGCUGAUUUCCGGGUGUACUUUUCGAAUUGGAGGCAUGCGAGGACGUUGUUUGCCGUGUCGUUUUGUUGGUUCCUGUUUGACAUCGCCUUCUACGGUAUCAACCUCAAUCAAUCCCUCAUCCUCACCCAAAUCGGCUACGGCAAAGGCAAGACGCCCUUCCUCACCCUCUGGCACACCGCCAUCGGCAACAUCAUCGUUUCCUGCGCUGGCUACCUUCCUGGCUUCUACGUCGCCAUCUUCCUACCCGACAUCAUCGGCCGAGUACGCCAGCAGUUCUACUCCAGCAUCGUCGUCUGCAUCCUAUACGCCAUCUGGGCUGGUGUGACGAACCACGUCUCGACGGGAGGGCUUAUAGCCAUCUUCACCAUCUCUCAAUUCGUCCUCAACCUCGGACCGAACGCCACGACCUUCUUGAUUCCUGUUGAGGUCUUCCCCACCAGAGUGCGAGGCACGGCUCAUGGCAUUGCUGCUGCUUCUGGCAAGGCUGGGGCUGUGUUGACCGCGUUCGCUUUUGGUACGAUCACGGAGAAGAUUGGACUCAGUGGUGUUCUAGGUCUGUUCUCUGGGAUUAUGGCACUUUGUGCUGCUGUCACGCUGCUUAUCCCUGAGACGAAAGACAAGAGCAUUGAAGAGAUUGAAGCAGGUGUUGUUUUCGGCGAAGCCCCCGAGUCGCAGGGAAGUUCUGAGAUGGACGUCUCGUCUGCGGAGGCCGUUAAGAUCACUGGUGACGGAAAAGUCUGA